AUGUUUGAUGCAACUAUCACAAAAUGUCUGCAGCUUCUACGUAUUUCAAAUUCCAUCACGACACCAUCCGAUCACGAUGAGUUCGUUCGAUGGUACUUGGAGCUAUCAUUUACAGCUAGAGUGCUGAUUUAUAUUACAGUUUUGGGGACUAUAAUGACGAUUGUAUUUUUGAUAUUGAAAUUCCUGAGCGAGUGUGACAUGGAGGAUGAUGGCAUGGAGAGUCUACCAGUGGUGGCAAGACAAGAAGAAGUCCCCAUUUGUACGCCGUCGGAGGUUACGGGGAAAGGAGAUGUAGAAACUGCGUCGUUUAGCUCGUCUGACGAUAAUGUGGACUACUCGACAUUGUGUGUCAUUUGUUUCGAGGAACGGAGAAACUGUUUUUUCGUACCGUGCGGUCACUCUGCCACUUGUCGCGGCUGUGCUCAGAAGAUAUUGUCGGAAGAAAGUAAGGUGUGUCCGAUUUGCCGGAGGGUAAUACGCAAAUCUAAGAGAUUAGUGUUGAAGAAAGUUUGAUUAACGCUGUUGCUUUUUCCUAAUCACCAUUUUGCGAUCUCAUGGUUCCAACUUCCAAGA